CAGGAAGCCAUCAGAAAUCAAAAGGAGCCAGAGCAGAAAGAAAAGUAGUUAUGAGCGAUUCGGUCGGUCGUUGAAAAGUGCUGUGUGACUAGGCAAAUCGGUCGUUUUUCUGUGCCGUGUCGUCAGGAAAAUGUCCUCGAACCCGCAGUGCUCAAAUUGCUAAUUGUGUAGCCAUCGGAAUCGUGUGAUUUGCGUGAAAAUUCGCACCCAAAGUUUCAAUCCAUCGCACAUUAGGUAUUGGACUGAGAAGUUUGCCACAAGAAAGGAAAAACGGGUGAAAAAAGAAAGGCGAUUGUUUCCCUCACCACCCUUCCCCACAAAACUGCGGGAGCUGUUUUUGUGAGUGCAUUUAGCUGGCUGACGGUUCUUGUGUUUGGGUGGGGUGCUCCGCCGAUUCGUCCACCUGCCGUUGCGUUGUUGUCGUCGCCGUCACUGUCGACAACGUUCCUGUGGGAGGUUUACGACUGCGGUAGCGGUGGCGGGCGCAACACGGAGUGGUUUAAUAUUUAGAUUUUCGGUGUGCAUUUCUGGGGUGCGGUCCCAAAAAUAAGAACGUAUCGCUAUCCGUGUUUCGGGGCUAUCCCGGUCGCGACUGUGUAUAGGAGGGAAAUGAAAUUGUCCUGUUGCUGCGGUUUGUUACUUCCUGAAUGCUGUACUGCUUGAUUACUGAUGGUAGUGCUUGUCGCUGCAGAAUUGAGACGGUUCAAAAUUGAUUAUCAGCUCUUUCAAAAGUGAUUAAAAUCGAAUGGCUUUCGUCCGGGUGUGCAGUUCAAGUGGUAUAAAAAAUUUCAAUCAAAUCGAUGAAGAUCUGCUGGAGAACCAGUGAAAAAAUCGGAGUGAGUUAGAUCAUGAAAAAGAUGGUUGAUAUCCGUUGACAUAUUCUUCGAUGGUGAAUGUAUUCGUCGUCGCCGUUCAUGUGCCGUAUGUGCAGGAGGAAUUAACAGCAUAAUCAUUUCAUGACCCACGAGAGAAAAAAAAGUAGAAGAAGGUCACAAACCGAGAAGAACGAAUUCGGAGUGCUCUGCAGUGUGGAAGAUCCAGCGAAAAAAGCAAGUGGAAUAGCCGAAGGAAGAGGCAAACGGGCACGCACUAUCAAUUACAAAGCGCGUAGCAUAGUGCGGCAGCGGUGGACGAGAUUGUAGACGUGUUUCGAUAGGGAGAAACAGAAAUCUCCGUCCACCACAGAAAUGUCACGGCUUGCCGAUUACUUUGUGAUUGUCGGAUACGAUCACGAGAAAGAACGGACUGGAUCUCGCACUGGAAAAAUCCUGCAGCGUUUCCCGGAAAAGGAUUGGUCUGAUACUCCCUUCAUCGAAGGCAUUGAAUGGUUCUGUCAACCUCAAGGCUGGUCGCUGUCCACAGUUCGCCAGGAGCCCCAGUUUUUUGCUUCGGUCCUUACGGACAUCGAUGCGAACCGUCACUACUGUGCUUGUCUUUGCUUCAAUGAGACAAUCGCCAUCACCCCCAGUAAGCCCAUUGAUGAGGAAGAGGAAGAUGAGAACCUUUCGCCUACUAGCAGAGCCAUGUUAGCCACCUCCAGUGGACCACCGUCCAUAACGCACCACAGUAUCAUGUAUGCACCGAAAUGUUUGGUGAUAGUCUCCCGGUUGGACUAUAUCGAGACGUUCCGAAACUGUCUCGGAACGAUCUACACAGUGUACCUCGAGAGCCUGAAGUUCCACUUGCAUCAUCUUAUCGGGAGUAUAUUGGGAUGUAUUCAGGUUCCUCCGCCCGGGGGACCACAGGUCCGUUUCUCCAUAGGCGCAGGCGACAAACAGGUCCUCCAACCACCCGUUUCACCAACCAUCCCCGUAACUGGAUCCUGCGUUAGCCUUCUCUUUCAUCAGCUUGGGAUAAAAAAUGUGAUGCUGCUAUUCUGCGCAGUCAUGACCGAGCACAAAAUUCUCUUCCAUUCAACGAGCUAUUCCCGGCUUACCGAUAGCUGUCGAGCUCUGACCGCUCUGAUGUAUCCAUUCCGCUACAGUCAUGUGUACAUUCCUAUCCUGCCAGCGUCGCUGGUAGAAGUAUUAUCCACACCGACGCCUUUCAUCAUGGGUAUCCAUAGCUCGAUGCAAACGGAAGUGACCGAGGUGCUCGAUGUGAUCAUAGCUGAUCUGGAUGGUGGAUCGAUCCACAUUCCGCAAUCUUUGGUGCCACCACCGGCCGAACUACCCAAGGCACUGCGGGAAUCCACAGAAAACGCACUCCAGCAAGUUUUGCACCCGGAGCUGACGCGGGCCGAUUUGGCCUUCCCACCGAACAACAUCAACAAUAACGGGUAUAAUUUUCGGGAACAGAAGAGCGAUGAAAUUCUAGACAAGGAAAUACGGGCGGUGUUCAUGCGGUUGUUUGCUCAACUACUACAAGGCUAUCGUUCUUGUCUGACAUUAAUCAGGAUAAAUCCUAAGCCAAUCAUUCAGUUUCACCGGGCGGGUUUCCUGGGAGCGAGAGAUCUGGUGGAUUGUGAUUUCUUGUCACGGGUAUUGGACAGUAUGUUCUUCACGGGAUUCGUGACGGAGCGAGGACCACCUUGGAGACCGUGCGACGCAUGGGAUGAGCUGUACAGUACAAUGAACGAUUUGCUCAAGCAGGAGGCGCAAGAUCCCCACCAAGUUUUGGUACACAUCCAGGAGCUGGGUAAACAGCUGUAUACCAAUGAGAAUCCAAGUCCGCAGCCAUAUCAGCAAAAGGUACUGCGGCCGCCGGAAGGGGCAUUCGCUCGAAUACAUCAACCACCUAUGCCUUUGAUCGAUUCACAAGAAGUUCAAAACGUGAUCAACGAAGGAUUAGCAGCAAAUGAUCUGCAGGCGAGAUUGCAGACCAUUCGACCGCCACAGAGAAUAGUGCCAAUGGGACCAUAUCUGAAACCUGUACUUGAACUGCGACCAGUGGUAAACAACAGCGCUAGAAAGUUGGAAGUGUUGAAAAACUGCAUUAGCUGCAUCUUCGACAACAAAAUUACGGAGGCAAGGAAAAGUUUCCCGGCCGUAUUAAGGAUACUGAAACAACGUGACGCUAGGUUAACGCUUUGUAGGGAGCUAGCAAAGAUAGCUCAUGGGAACAAACAACUAGACCAUCAGCAGUUCGACUUAGUGGUUAAACUCAUGAAUCGAGCCCUACAGGAUGAUUCAUCUAAGGAUGAAUACGGAGUUGCGGCAGCACUACUUCCGCUAUCGACAACAUUCUGUCGGAAACUUUGCACCGGAGUUAUUCAAUUUGCGUACACCUGCAUCCAAGAUCAUCCCGUGUGGAAAAAUCAACAGUUCUGGGAGGACGCUUUCUAUCAUGACGUGCAAAACUUCAUCAAGGAACUAUAUCUCCCCCGACAGAUUUCGGAAAAGUCCUACAGCAGUUGGGCAACUGAUACAAAUGGCCUUGUGCAUUCGGUUUCUCGUGAUAAACUGGAUCGUUCGACGUUACUGUCACGUGCUCAAGAACCGUCUGCUCUAGAGAUCGCCGCUGAUCAGAUGCGAAUCUGGCCCACCGUUGAUCUGGAUAAACAGCAGGAGCUCAUCAGCUCCGAGGAGAAAACUCUGUACAGUCAAGCGAUACAUUACGCCAAUAGGAUGGUGUUUCUGCUGAUACCACAGGACGUCAAUCAGGGUGGAAGAGUUCAAAAACUAGACUCACAUGCAGAUGACGACGCUAGUGUUUCAAAUAGUGUGAUAGAAUCCCAUAGUCAUAGCGAUCACAGUGACGAAGGUUUCGAGGAUAACGAUCCUAGCGAAGUAGGGCAACAAGUCGCAAAAAUGGUGUGCAAAUUUAUCGAUCGGGUCUGCAACGAAGGGAACGUGACGCCAGAGCAUCUGCGAAAUUUACACCAAAUGGUCCCCGGCGUUAUACAAAUGCACAUUGAAACCUUAGAAGCCGUGAAUCGAGAAGCAAAGCGAAUACCUCCAAUCCAAAAACCCAAGCUGCAGUUUCCUAAUUUCCUCCAAGGUGAAGAACUCAUCGGAGACCCGAUGCGAGUUUACUUGCUCGCAGAUGGUCGCGAAGACAAGGAAGUCGGAACAUCGAAUCUUCUACCGGCGGAGGGUGCUCUCUACCUGACCAACUACCGUAUCGUGUUCAAGGGAAGUCCCUGCGAUCCGUACUGCUGCGAGCAAAGCGUCGUACGAGCGUUCCCGAUUUCCUCGCUUACCAAAGAAAAGCGCCUUACGGUGAUCUACCUACAGCAUCUGGAGCAAGUCCUGCAGGAAGGCAUGCAACUGCGAUCGUGCACGUUCCAGCUGAUCAAGGUAGCAUUCGACGAGGAAGUGAUUGCCGAUGCGAUCGAAGCGUUCCGAAAAACGAUCAACCGAGUGCGACAUCCGGAGGAUGAGUUUGGACAUUUCGCGUUUGCUACCACCCAUGGAAUAACGAAUCCGACGCCUUUGCAUAAAGUAAAGGAAAAGAACGGUACAUUGAAAGAUUUUGCGAAGAAAACUUUGUUGAGGACCGCUAAAAAGGCAGGUUUUAAGCAGAAAGGUGCGACAAAGCGGAAAUACAUUCUUCCUGGCGCAGAUUUCGAGGAGACAUAUGGAAGUAGUGCAAUGGGAAUCAAUGAAAAUCCGGAGGAUGAAGACGGAUCUGAUGACGGGGCAGACACCAUGCCACGUGUGACGGCCAAGGAUGUGGAAAGACUCAAAGAACGAAGCUAUGUCAAGGAUUGGCUCCGGGUUGGUUUGGGAGAUGUUCAAGCAGGAUACCGGAUAAGCUCGAUAAACUGUAACUAUAGCUUAUGUCGAACGUACCCAGCAAUGUUGGUAUGUCCAAAGGAUGUGUCAGAUGAUAGUUUGAGAAAUCUCUCCCGUUGUUACAAACACCAUCGAAUACCGGUCGCAACGUGGCGUCACAAAAAUGGAGCAACGUUAUUAAGAGGUGCAGUACCCCUUGCCAAAGGUGUUAUGGGAAUGCUCAAGGGUCAUCCAGGUUCGUCGAAUAAUUCAGCGGAUUCUGCAAGCUUCCACGAACAGGACCGUUACUUCGUUUGUGUUAUUAAAACUACUCCCCACACUCGUCCGAUUCGGCAUACGGGAAAUUUCUCCGAUUCAAACCUUUCUCUUGAUUCGCUAGCUUUGGCAGCUAACGGUCUGAUGACUCGGACGGAUAAUUCGACUCUAACACCAGAUAUAAGCCGUAAGAAUAACGUUGGUCUCUAUUCGAUUAACAAUUCAUCUUUCUCCAGCUUUGGAGCACUACGACCUACCCCCAAACAGAAUAAAUGGGGCUCGUUGAAACCUGGUGGCCAUACGAGUGCAGCCACCUUGCGAGAUUACAGCAACUGGGAUCAGCCCCAACAAUAUACCAUCCAACGUGUGCCAUUAUACUUCCUCGGUGAAAAAUCUCAAUCCAAAUCAGCCAAGCUGUCGGAAAUGUACGCCGAGUUUAUCCCUGUUGACUAUACCGAUGUACGACACUCGCGGACCGCUUUCAAAAAGCUGAUGCGAGCUUGUCUUCCUUCCUGCAUAAACACGGAACCCGACCAAACCUUCAACAAGCUUGUAGAACAAUCUGAGUGGCUCCAGCAAAUUCGAGGACUUCUGCAACUGUCCGGCGCCGUCGUAGAUCUCAUGGACCUCCAAGAAUCCAGCGUGACUCUAGCCUUGGAAGACGGUUGGGACGUAACUGCCCAAAUUUCCUCACUUGCUCAAUUGUGUCUGGAUCCGUAUUAUCGAACCAUCGACGGGUUCCGGGUCCUGAUCGAAAAAGAAUGGCUAGCCUUCGGUCAUCGCUUUGGCCAUCGAAGUAAUCUCAAGCCGAACAGCAGUUCGGGUUCACCAUUUGCUCCUACCUUUUUACAGUUCCUCGACGCUGUUCAUCAAAUCCAAUCACAAUUUCCUCUCGCAUUUGAGUUCAAUGAAUUCUACCUUCGCUUCCUGGCGUACCAUCACGUGAGUUGCCGUUUUCGAACGUUCCUGUUCGAUUGCGAACUGGAACGGGUCGAUUACGGCAUCACAGCCAUAGACGACAAACGUGGAUCACUCAACUCGCACCACAAACACGUCGUAGAAGCCCUUACUGUUUCGGAUGACGAUAACAUCUACCCUGGAGGACUGGGCGGCAGUGGAGUUGGCCGCGGUAACCACGCAUCCAAUACUCAAAAAUUCGGACCAUCGCUCUUCGAUUACAUCGAGCGACAGCACGCCAAGAAUCCGAGUUUCUACAACUUUAUGUACACUCCGGACCCAGACCGGCAGGUGCUUCGACCACAAAGUUCAAUACCAAUGUUGGAGAUCUGGUCGUAUUACUUAGACGAAGAGCUAGCUCAGGGACCACCGUACGAUCCGGAACUUCUGAACAACGACAACCUGGAUGAGGACAGUGACUAUGCUAGUGCGGGAAGCAUGACCAACAAGCAUCCUCGGCGGAAGGUGGUCUCCGUUGGUUACGACAGUUUGAACAAGUACGACGCCGAUGCUUUCACGCGCUUAUUGGAAGAGUUGAAGAAUGCUGAAGCAGAACGGGGCUUGCUACCGCAGAAGUGGCGCCAAGUUUGGGACAAACUUGAACUGCCACACUCGGACUCACUGACGAGGCAUGCUUCGUUUAGUAGUGCGCUGGUCAGAUCGCACGGCCGAUUGCUGCACAAAAGAUCUACUCUGGAGAUCAUCAUGCGCGGUCGUCAGGUCGGAUAUCAUCAGGAGAAUUUCUUGCAUCCACAUCGCUUCGAAAAACAUGCCUAUUCAGCACCGAUCAACUGCAAUCACUGUGGCAAUGUUCUGUGGGGUCCACUACUUAAUGGUUUGAGAUGUGUCGAUUGUGGGAACACUUACCACGAAAAAUGUGCGGAAUCGGUGCCGAAGAAUUGCACCAAGUACAAAGCGGUCGAAGGUACCCAGCCAACGUUGGCGAGGAAUCAGGGAGACAACAAUAGCGUUUCAUCUAGCGUGAACACCACGAACACGACAAGUCAGCAUUACUACGAGCAGUACAGCAGUAAUGUGGCGGAUGACCGAACGCAUGAGGGGUACUUGUACAAACGGGGUGCAAUACUGAAGAACUGGAAGCAAAGGUGGUUUGUGUUGGACUCGCAUAAACAUCAGCUGAGAUAUUACGAUGCAAUGGAGGACAGCAACUGCAAGGGAUAUAUUGAACUAGCCGAAGUGCAAUCAGUGGCGCAGGCACCACCUCAGGCAGCUCCGGUGCCGUCUAAGAAAAUUGACGAGAAAGCUUUCUUCGAUCUAAAAACAAGCCGUAGGACGUACAAUUUUUACGCGGCAGACGCAACUAGCGCCCAGGAGUGGAUCGAAAAAAUUCAGGCCUGUCUGCAGUAAAGCGGUAUUACCAGACUACAUAUUUCGUAUUUCCGUGUGUGCGGUAGAAACAUACAUUAAUGGAGUAAAAUGGUAGACUAUAAUAGGAAAUCACUACAAAAUAUGAAAAAAAAAACUAAAGAUUUUCCCAACGGAUUUCGAAAGUGGAACAGUAAGCGAACAUACUCAUCUAAAAUAAGACACAGAAAAAUAGAAUCAAUCAAACACCCACAUUUAAACAAAAAAAAAACAGAAAAAAAUCAUAUCAACAUGAACGUCCGAAUUAUAAAUUCGGAAUGAAUUAGUAACUGUGCGUUGCUUCGUUUGUUCUUUGAAUAGUUUUCUGAUCGACCGAACAGAGCACAGAAAGGCGACCUACGACAAGCGAAGCGAAGGAUAUUCUUAAUAAAAGUAUUUUAAGUGUUCGUUCACCUGUUCAGUCAUUGUUAGAUGAAACUCGAUAUUUUACGUGAUAUUUUCGCUAAUGUUCGGAAUAGGUAAAGAAACUUUCACGGGAUCGACUAGAGACUAGUGUCAUAUUACAAGGUAUGUGUAUUAAAACAUUGGAACAUUCUUAAAGAAAGAUAACUAUUACGUGAAAUCCUGUACUGCUUUUGGAUUGGGGUGUCCAGGGAUGUCAAUGUUUGAAAAAUAAAUCAGUGAGAUGGUGAUGUUAAAUAUGAAAAUAACAUUACGAUAGGUACCCCAUUGUUUUUUUUUAUGAUUUAGCACUAAUUUUACAACAUUGACAGUUUGGCCCACCCCAACCUGCAAGGAUAUACCAAAAGAUGUUUUGUCGUAUGCUUUUAUUUCAGUGUUUGAACGCAUUUAUUCUUUUUUCCAUUGAAACUAAGGAAAAAUUGAAUUCUUUUAGAAAGAAUUUAUUGCUUUUUAUAUGGCGUUUCUCCUUUUGGCAAAUAGUAAUUAAAACAUACUGCACUGUGCUAGAUGGGGAGGCUUUUUAUAUAGCUUAUUUGUAAUAUACAUAUGUAAAAAUGUUUAUGUUAGUAGUAGUUAUAGUUUAUCGUUUAUAAGUGUUGAAAUCAGUUCUUUGUUAGAUUUUUAAUUCCUAAGAAUUAGAGGAUGUGUGAGAAGAAACAGCUCAAAUAUUAUGCAUUAGGUAAUUGAGAGAAUACUGCAAGCCUAACUCAUAAUGGUUUACAACAAUAAGCUUCACCAGUUUUUGAUUUCCUUAAUUUUUUGUUUCCACAGCAAAACCUGUCACAUGUGAUAUUCGACUUUAUAUACAAACUUGCUUUGCA